AUGUUCACGGCAAUCCCCAGACCCGAACGCACAAUGCCACCCGCUUUACUCGACCACCAUCCGCUUCUCGACUAUCUUUUCUUCUUCGACACUUCCCUCGACACACAAUGUGCAGGCUAUGACUACACCCACAGCCGCCCCCGUCGCUGCAACGCCAUCACAAGCGAGCAAGACCAGGCCGAAGCCAUCAGACUCCUGACCAAAGCAGCCGCAGACUUCCACUCCGGCAGAAUGGAGCGCAUUGGCUCGACCCUCGCAGAACUAGCGCCUCACGUCCUCUGUCCCAGGGUAAGCCACCAAGCUCAAGCACCGGGCCUGGUGGCACGGUGGACUCGGGAUGCCGAGAUGUUCAUGGCGGGGUAUGGCGCCAUGUCUGAGCUUAGAGCUCGGGAUCCUUUUGCGGAUACCUCGCGGAUAGUGGGUGGUGCUGACGCUGAUGCCACAACGAGCACGAACGAGACCUGGCGCGAGCGGGUAUUUCGAGGCGUUUGGGAGAUCCUCGACAGGGUGAGAUGGACUCACCGUCAGCUUGUUCCGAGGCUUCCCCGUUUUACCUCCCCGGAGCAGUCUCGUGAUGAGCACGAGCAAAUGCCCGUUUCGGACUUCAACUGGGAUUAUAGCCCUGAGUAUGCCUACGAGAAUGGGAAUGGGCAUGAGCAUGACUACAGUUACGAGCACGAGUCCGAGUCCGCAUCAAACGCGAGAGCCACCACCGUCCGCACCAGCACCGAGUCCGAUCCAGAACCCUCCCACACCCCCGCUGUCCCCUGGGACAUCCCGGCCGAGCCCACCCUGAGGCUCCGAGACUCGCAAUGGGGACUACCACCAUCACCCCCGCGGGCUUCUGCUCUCGUGAACCCCCCAAGUCCGCAACGCGAUACCGCGUCAAAGCCAAACACCGUCUAUGCCCUCCGCCACCCCAUCGACGGCGACUGCAGCAUCUGCUUUACCUCGCUGUUAGAACACCCAUACGACACCGACUCCGACUCCGACGCGGACGCUCCAUCGACCGGACGAGACAUGGCCACAGACACAGGCACAGGCACAGACGCAGAGUCGGAACAGCUAGCCAUCUCACUCUCGCCCCCGCACUCCAUCCACCGAUGGUACGAUACAGACACAGGGGAAUGGGGGUACACCGAUGCCACGGGUGAACAGUUCGCUUUCCAUGCGCUAUCGAGCCGCCCUCAUGAAGUCAAGAAUACACAGGACGCACUGUCCGCGAAACCGUUGGUGCCCGAACUAUCAUGGUGCCAGACUGGCUGCGGCGUGAACUACCACAAGCAAUGCAUCGAUCGGUGGACUGCGUUGGCGCCGCUCGCGACGUGCCCGACUUGUCGUCGUGCGUGGGUUGGUCAGGGUCUCGGUCGGACACAUACUCAUACUCAUGCUCAUACUCAUGGAUCUGGAUAUGGACACGGUAAUCGUCCUCGUCACCGGGCAAUCUCCUACUCGUUUCCUUCGCCCCCUUGGCAGGGGUGGUAG